AUGCUUGGUUCGGGCGCUGUAUUUGAGCAAACGUUUCGCUUUCUUUACGUUUUCUUGCUACUUCCUAUAUUGUUAGUAAUUCUUCUUGCUAUUUUAUUGGCUGUUUCUGGAAAGUCCUUCGGUCUUCGAGAACAAUAUGUGGAUGCGCUUAUCCGAAUAUUCGAGGCAGGCCUUACGCGUAUCAUCCAUAAAGAAACAGAAAUCACUCUCAAAGACGCAGACAGUACUGAUCCUUUCCAUGAAGUCGUGGUUGAAAGCCGUGGAUGGGCUGCCAUUCGUGACUCCAUAGAUUUCAUCAAAGUUAUUGCGGCUGGGAUUGAGUCAGUAAUUGAAGAUGAAGUCACAAGUCGUUUUGAGGCCGAACAACUUGUCUCUUGGAACAUGCUUACGAGGACUAGUAUAAGAUCUUAUCAUUUUGUGAACUGGAAGUUGUCAAUACUAUGGGUUCUGGGUUUCCUGCUUCGUUAUUGUCUGAUGUUGCCUUUUCGAUUUAUAUUAUUCUCAAUUGGUGUAGUGCUUCUUCUUGUGUCUACAGCGACUAUUGGCCUAGUGCCAGACGGAAAACUUAAAAACUGCAUGUUAUUAUGUUGCCGGAUUUUGUCACAAAGUCUCACUGCUGUUGUCAAGUUCUACGAUGUUCAUAACAGAGCUCGAAAUGGAGGAAUCUGUGUUUCCAAUCAUACUUCUCCUAUCGACGUCGUCCUGCUAUCUACGGACAACGUCUAUGCUUUAGUUGGCCAGCAACAUUUUGGAGCACUUGGCCUGAUCCAACGUGCCUUGUCCAGAGCAAGCAGACACAUAUGGUUUGAACGAACAGAAGCAAAUGACAGGCGACUAGUUACCGCAAUACUGCGGGAGCACUGUAGAAGUUCAACUAAUCUUCCGAUUUUAAUAUUCCCAGAAGGAACAUGCAUUAACAACACAUCAGUUAUGAUGUUUAAGAAGGGCUCAUUCGAGGUUUCGACCAAAAUAUAUCCAAUCGCCAUGAAAUAUGACUCAAGAUUCGGAGAUCCUUUCUGGAAUAGCUCUUCACAAUCUUGGUGCGAAUACAUGUUUCGGAUGAUGACUUCUUGGGCGAUAUUAUGCAACGUGUACUACUUGGCUCCUAUGGAGAAAUUGGUGCUAAUUUCAAAUUUUCAGCCAGAUGAGGAUGCAACGGCAUUUGCUAGCCGCGUUAAGAAAUCUAUAGCUUUUCGAGGUGGAUUACUUGACCUCGAGUGGGAUGGUGGUCUUAAGAGAACUCGUGUACAUCCAAAAUUGGUUGCGAAGCAACAGGAAAGGUGA